AUCAUUUGAUUUCCCUCGUUCGUGAUAACUAAACUGCUGCGGUGCGCGAUGUUGGUUGCAAACACCACGCCGAACACCACGCCGAACCAGAAGGCAGGCCAUGGGCAGGCUCAAUUGCAAAUUCUGGUGCCGUGCCCACGACAACCUCAGCGUAGCGAGCGUGCCGCGUUCCUCCUCGUUCCUUGCGUCUCCUCACCCCUCCCCACCUCGCGACCCGAAGUGGGCUCUUCCGCGUGCGGGACGCAUGCGCAAUGGACGCUACUCGCGCGCCUGCGCGUUGUGUGGCGAGCCGUGCACGCACGCCUGUCCAACUGGCCUGCCGUGCCUGCUCGAGCCCGCUGGCCUCUUUCGGUGCUUCGUCGGCUUCGUUCUUCAGUCGCGUUGCUUCUGUGCGUUGCUUCCGUGCGUUGGUGAGAUGAGGAGUUUGGCGCGCUGCUAAGAGCUUGGCGUGAUCGGUGAACGCGCAUGACAUUCGCUGGUAUGGCGAACAUCCUCAAGAAGAUGCCCCGCUUUACGGUCAAGUUUUCGUCGGCCUUUACCAAGUCCGAGCGAUCCCUGUCCGAAUGCCCCUUGGAGCUGUCCCUGUCGCUGUGCGAUGACGAGAGCUGCAAACCAAGUGAAAGCUUCGAAGAGGAGAAAUGCCCUCUUCACGAAGAGGAGGGCAGCGUGGGCAGCACGGAGAAAGGAACCACUCCUUCGGUGACCGAAGACGAGGAGCGGCCGGAGAAAGCGGAGGAGGAGAGAAGUGAAAAGGAGGAGAAGGGGGAAGGACUUGCACCUGAGGUGUCCUGCAAUAUGUCUCUCCAAGGAGAAGAAAAACAGGAGUUCUCCUUCACCCUUUACGACUUCAACGGUCAUGGCAAAGUAACCAAAGAUGACAUUGCCAGCCUUGUGAGAUCUAUUUAUGAUGCACUCGGCAAGAAAAGCUUGCCCAAGUCCGGCAGCCGAACAAUCAAAGUGCGGUUAGCUAUUGGACCAGACGAGGAGUCCGGGGAGGGGAAGCUGCCAGCCCCGGAGAAGCCACCACCGUCUUCUAGGAACAGCAGCGCCACUACAGCCUGCACCUUGCUCACGGAUGACGCCUCGGCUGCAAGGAGAAGCCAGCAGCCAGAGAGUCUCUCGGUGCCCGUCCAUCGGAAGUUUCCCCCUCAGGUGGAGAAUGUCGAUGUGGCCGGCAGCAAGUGCAAGCACAAUUCGGGAGCCCUGCCCUCGUCACCCUUGGGGAGUCGGUCUCGACGGUUCCAGUCACGGAUCCAUGAGCGGCAAGAGCUGCUCCAGUGGCUCAGGGAUAGCACGGAGAAGGCCUGUCAACAGUCUGCUACUGCGCAAGACAACAGACGGUCGCAGCCCCCGAGACAGAAGGAGGUCGGUCCCGAGGCAUGCCCCUGGGAGAAAACGCCGGAGCCAGCCCCAUGUCCGUACCGGCUGCUCGACCACGGCCAUGACUGUGCCCAGUGGAGCCCACAGUGCGAGAGGCGCCCCCACCGCCGCUCCAAGUCCCACGGGGAAGGUGGGGGCGCUGCGCCCUGCUCUGGCACGCACCACCACUACCGGCACCGGGAGCGGGACCUCGAGCGGCAGCGGGCCAUGCGCCAGGUGGCCAGCUGGAUCCAGAGGGAGCACCUGGCCAGCAUGGACUGCAGCCGGGGCACGCGCCCCGAACGGCACGAGCACCACCACUUGCAUGAGCACGUGCACCACCACUACCACCACUAUGUAGACUGAGCCGGCCUGGAUGCGGCGUCGGUGUGUUUCCUCCGGUGCCUGGGGGCUGCGCCAAGCGCGAGCCAAGGCAGAACUUUGGCCGAGGGAGAACUUUGGCAGAGUUGAAACAGAGCGGUUCCGUCGCCACGGCCAAGCCCGUCAUGGGCCCAUCUUGGGAGGUGAAAAUGGUGCAAGAUUUGUGUGAACACUGGGAAUCUUUGUGUGCGACGAACUCUCCAGCCAUGGAAAUUCCUCCUUUAAAAAUUUACAUUUUGUCAUCGUGCCGACGUGUAGAGCAGUUUGUGUCAACAGUUCGUUCGGCUGGCAAUGUUUCCGGCAGCUUUACAACUGGUUUCUUUCUAACUGAAAAAGGUACUCAUAUGUUUGUACAAUCGACUCUCAUUAAUUCAAACUCGAGGGGGGCUGAAAAUUUGUUUGAAUAAAGCAAAGUUUGAAUUAUCAGGAGUUUCCUCUUAUAAAAACGCAUAGGAUGGGACCUGUAUGUUAGUUUGAAUUAUCCGCAAUUUUGAAUUAACAGAUUUUGAAUUAAUGAGAGUCGACUGUAGUGCUCGGUAUCUUUUCGGUUUUGGGCAGUGUUACGAAAGGUGGAGUCCGAGAAUCCGAGCCUUUUUAUUUUUAAAUUAUGCGUUCCUUUCCUUGAGGGACUGUGCCGUAGUUAACAGUAACCGCUCCCAAGAGGCUGUCGCAGAUUAGUGAAACUGGUGCUUUUAGCCCUUUGGGAGUAGUAGGCAUGCUGGUAGCCAAAAGUACUGGACUACAUGUCUAUGAAAAAGCUUUUGCAAAGGGGGCAUAAUCACGGUGUUCUUUAUUAAAGCUGCGGUUGUUCAUAAUUAAGUUGUCGCUCGAGUGCAUACAUGGAUGAAGUAGUAUCACAGCUAGGAUGUGAAGUUAGUGUACCCUUCCAAGAACUGUUUACUUGUGUACAGCGCAAUAGGUGUUUUUAUUCUAAACUUGCAUCAUAUUGACGUUUAGGAUGCCUCAGUCAUGAUGUAGAUAACCAAAUUUUCUGCCAUUUACAAAUGUUAGUGACUUCUAAUGCUGUACUACAGCCCUGUCCCGUGCAAGAUUAAUAAACUAAAGUAAUGACACUAUUCCUGGCAUUAAACUUGCAAUGCUCAACAGGUGGAUGUUAAAAAGUAGAAAACCGACAUUUCAGCAUUCGGUCCUGGCGCAUAUGAUGUGUGUGUGUAUUUUUGAGGUGUUCCCAGUGUAUGAGAACACAUGCAGUGCCACAACUUUUCAGCUUGUGCUCGCUUAUCUCUUGCACCAGUCAGGGUCGGCUCUGGAGGUGAAAAAUGGAACGACUGCAGACGGUUACAUCACUGGAGUCUGUGUCUAAAUAGUUGUAAGCCUUUGAAGUGUUCCCUUACUGCCUGCAUUGCAGAAGGCUGCUGCUGAGGAAAGUAUUUACCCGCUUAAGGUACAUACACAUGUGGAUCUCUCAAUUCUGAAGUGUUGUGGACACGAGGUAAUGAAUGAUUCUUUUGGCCAAUUGUCUUGACCCGAUUUAGCUCGAGACAAUUAUUUACGGCCGUUGCCCUCGCUCGCACUUCGUUGAAUUAAAUGAGCGUUUUAUAAGUUCCUGGAUACAUCUUGCAUUGUACCUCAGAGGGUUGAAGACACAUUUUUUUUCUCCAGUGUAUGUAUGAAGACAUGGAUCGUAUAGUUUUAUUGAUGUUUACUGCUAUCCAAACCCUCGGUUGUGGCAAUUCCUUAAAAUUUUACAGUAGGCAUGCCAGCCGGUAUGUAGGUAUUUUGUUUGUAGUAAAUUGGUGGACAUGACUUGGCAUCAACAAGAUCUAGAUCGUUUUACAGAUAAUUAUUAGGGGUUGUUUUACUUGUUGUUGAGGCUUAACCAAAAUAUGGAGUAGCAGCAGUGGUGGGUUUAUUCACUGAAACUCGAGGAUGUCCAAUACCAUUCAGGUUUUGGUUUGCUCCCUCGCGGAAACAGGGUUUGGGAUUGUGGAGAGAGCAGAUGCAAAAGAAACCUUCUAGAUUUAUCACGCUUGCAUUAAUGGCUGUGGUUUAUACAGGGUAACCCCUCAAUGUUUUAAAUUUUGGUUUUUUGUGCGAGUGAGUUUGAUUUGAGAUUCUGAAUAUCCCUGCAAAAUUGUUUUGCGAAAUACGUUUUUAUUUGUGCAAUUGAGCUUCCAAAGUGUGUCUCCUCGAGACUUGGUGCUGGGCAAUGGGCAAGAUUGAUUUUGCAGCCUUGCCUAAUGAGGUGCACAUGGCCAGCGCAAAAGGGUCACAAAAAGGAAGUGUUAAGCAAACAAAUUACCAAACAAAAUGUUGUUUAUUGUGAUGCCAUUAGUGUGGGGACUCGGAGGAACAGCGCUGGAGAACUAAAACAGACCCAGAAGGAAACUAACAACUAAAAUUCCAGUGGAUACUGCCAUACUCAUUUGUCAGUUUUAGUAGCAGAAUUUUGUUGUGGUGUAAUUUGGUAUUACUAGGUGAUGUGCAAUUCAAUUUUUGUUAUAUCAAUAUGCCCCAUUCAGUUCCCUUUAAACUUGCAUAAGUACAAUUCUUUGCUUUAAUACAUGUUUUUAAUCAGUUACAAUACCAAAAUGCAGUAUUAUGAACAAACUUGUUUGUUGUGGUUAACCAUAGCCUAUUUGUCAUGUAUUUCUGGAGAUACAUUUUAGGUACUGCUGCCGUUUCUAUGCUUCAUUGCAAAGUACCAAGCACUUGUUUUUUGUUCUGGGAUUCGACGAAGGGCGGGGAAUCGUAGGGAAUCAACUUCGAGGUUGGUUCCCCUAUCCUCUAUUAUGAUCUCCAGAUUUGUUAUGCUGUAAAGUCCUUUCACACCACAGAAUUUUUGCACACUUGUGGUCAUAAUAACUUUCAGUGAAUGUUUAAAUUUCCCGGUUAUAAAAAAAAACUUGUGUGUGUCCUAACAUUUGUAGUUUAUGAAACAAAGCUGUUAAAGCAUGCUUGUUUUAAUGUUCAUGCGGCAAAGGUAUGGAUGUUUUGGCCCUGUGUGCAUAAGAGUGAUACACCCUAAAGCAAGUUUCCUGCAUCUGGUGCUUUUAUUGCAAUUGUGCCAAAGCUAAUAGGAGCAAUUGUGCCAUUGGGUGUAGGAGUGUUGCUAGAACUUGUCAAAGAUGUCUGUCAUUGACCAAGUGAAGUGUUUUGAGUGGCUAGAUUGUUGGAAGUGCUUGUGGUAUAAUGUGCAUGCUUGUAAGCACUUUUGCUUCAUUGCCAGCCAUGAACUGUGCACAAUGAUUUAAUUACUAGUGCACUAGUUAUGUGGUUUUAAAAACAGUAAGGCAGAUAGCUGACCAUGUAAAUUAAGUUUUUUUUUUUUUUCCUCGGUUAUUUUGCUCUAUUGUAAAAUGAUCAUCUUGACUCUAGGUGUUGUGCAGCAUGCCGAUUGGGAAAGGUGAAGCCCUGACCAAGUGCUUUUUUUUUCUUCACCUUUUGCAAUUAGCUUUUCGUAAUGAUUCAUUGAGAGACGUCUGAAAGAUGUUUUUACAUUUUUACUGCCAUACAGUUAGUGGUUGAGACAUUUUGGGACCAGCACCGGUUAGGAACGAGCAAGCAACCUGAGAAAAUUGAAGUACUGCAUACUUUGAAGGAUACCGGAUUAAUUAAAGGCAAGACCAAGGUCCCCAAUCUAUACCAUUUGUAUAUCUAUGUGUAAUGAAACCAGAAGGGACCUUUUCUUACACUAUGACAGACUGCAACAUGUAGCAGGCAGGCAGUGGUUGCUCCACUAUUCAUCUGUUACAGCCAACAAGGUCUGCCACAGUAUAUGCUUUGAAUGAAGAACUGCAGUAGGCAUUAGGUUUUUUUUUUUUUUUUUUUUUUUGAUGUGCAAAGCAGUCUUUACCUUUCUGAUGUUUGAGUGCUUGUAAUAUAUUUGUAUAUUUGAACAAAAAAUACUCGCUGCAUUUCUAGAUUGUACAUAAAUGCUCAGAGUCUCGGGAAGAAAAAUAGGGACGAGGAUUGGACAUGGCAGUGGUUCGCUUCCAAAGAAACAUUUGAGACCCUCGCGUUGCCAAGAGCCAACGAUUGUGUUUUCCAGGCGCACAAAUGUUUUGUAUGCUUUUGACCAUUCUGCAACUCGUGGCAUGUGCUCCAGUAGACUUGUAUAAGUUAUUUUGUAAAUAUAACCCACAUACCUCAAUGCCAAGUUUUUCGACGAUUGUAUUCGCAGCACUUGUUACAUAUGUGUACUUUGAUAAAGCAAGUACAAUCGUGUUGCUGACAGAGAAAAACCAAGCCAUUACUUUGUUGUAUCAAGUGCUUGGAAUAAACGUUGAUUUCUAUGGAA